AUGUCCCCGGAAGUCGGACUUUUUCGUGCCGACGAUUUGUCGACAGUGAUGGCAGUCAGAGUGUACGAGACGCUGGUCCCGAAUGAUGUGCGGCCUUUCAUUGGGUCGGCGUCCCCGCCUAGAUGGAACACCGAGCGGAUCGGGCCGCUUCCCGGGGUCCACUGCAGCGUGGUCAUCAUUCUGCGUCCCGGCGACUUGUUGAUGGCCGCCGACGUCGAGAGCAGGACUUCGUUCCGCCACCUCGACCCGAAAACUCCAAGCCGCCUGCAUCCGUCUGAGGCGGUCGCCAUGUUGAGAGAGUGUGAAAACCUGCUCAAGUCACGUGCACCGGCGACCGCUGAAAACCCGGGGUCGCAGGGUUUGAAGGCUCUCAAAUCGGUGCUGGUGGAGUACGUCCAGAUAUGCAUCGCUGAGCGGCGGGCGGCGCCUGCGAAUCAUCCAUCGGGGCCAAGUACCUCACCCCUGGACGACGAGGGGAUCGCAACAAAGAAGGCGGCCCAUCUGGUUCAAGCAGCCCAGGCGUCCCACGCGGCCACGACUCGCCCGGCGGAUUUCGGCAGAACUGGAACAAGCGGGCAUAGUGGCGGCGGUGAUGAGACCGACUUGGUAGGAGGAGAGGAGCGCAGGGCAGGCUCCGAUGAGGAGGAGGAGGAGGAGUCUGGCUCCGAGUCAGGGGCGGAGUCUGACUCCAAGGAGAAGGAGGAGGAGAGGCCCGCGGAGAAGGCGGCGCAUGGCGAUGAGGUCGACACCGACGCCGGUGGGGUAGCAGACGCACAGGACCGUUGUGGUCAUGUGGAAGCGGGUGCUGGCCGUGUCCUGAUGUCGACCGGCGGGGCCGUCGCAAAUGUGGCGUCGGCCUGCAUUGAAGGGGGGGACAAGUAUCGUAUGAAGGUGCAGGCGCAUGGUCAUCCGGCAUCGACCGCCUCUUACAAGUCGGCGUCGGCAGACGCACUUGCGCACCUGAAGCGACAGGAAGAGGAGAACAAGAAACUCAGAGACGAGAAUGCGGGGUUGCGGUCGGAGGUGGUUGCCGAGAGGGGUCGGACGGAGGGGUUGUUGGCGACGGCGGCUGAAUGCCUCGAGGCGGUCAAGUCGCUGACCGAACGCGUCGCCGCCGCAGAGCAGACGGCAGGGACACACGUCUCCAAAGCCACAGCAACCAGGACGGGCGUCUUCACCAAAGUUCUGGACGAUCGGGUGGCUCUGGCCCAGCUAGCCUCAGCUUCCAUCAAUAUCGUCGGCGGCAUAACCCAUAGGAUCGCGCCGCCCCCGCUUCCUGGUCCAUCUCCCGCGCUGCCAGAAGAAGCCAUCAAAGCCAUGAGGGAUGACAUUGUGAAGGCGGUGACCGCCGUCACGCAGCAGGCGCUGGGAACCGUCGGCUUCACGCUUCUGCCCAACAUGCUCGCAACAAUGAGGCGGGGGCGGCGUGGUUCAUCCCCCUCGGCCGGUGACCUGGAGACCGCGCAAAGGCAAAGGCCGGAAAAAAGGGCUGGCAGUGGAAGUGCAGGCGACGGCGAUGACGCGGGACAUUCGAAGCGGAGUAAAGGUGCCGGUGGGAACCGCGCCGUCGGCGGCGACGUUCCAUAUCGUUCCCGGUCUGGUUCUCCCGUCCUCGACAUGCUGAAGAAAAAAGGGGCGACAACUCGGCUCCUUGGCCCGCAGAGUAGAGGCGGAGGUGGCGGCAGUGCGGAGGGUAGGACUGCCGCCGAGGAGGGUUUGCAAGCCGGUGGGUCUUCCACUCACGCCGCUGGAAGGAAAGGUCCGGAGAUUCCCCGUCCUCGAGCAAGCGAUGUAGCACCACCGCCGUCCGAUCGUGGUAACGCCGACGUCAAUGUUGAAGCGGUUGCGGUGUUACCCCCCCAUCCGACGACCGAUGCAGGUGUCAGCAAUGUCAGCGGUAAUGUUGGAGCUGUUGGGGGGCAUGCCGGCUCGGUCCACCCCACCACCUAUCCGGCGACCGGUGCAGGUGCCAGCAACGUCGGCGGUGGCGUUGAAGCUGUUGGGGGGCAUGCCAGCUCGGUCCACCCCACCACCUAUCCGGCGACCGGUGCAGGUGCCAGCAACGUCGGCGGUGGUGUUGAAGCUGUUGGGGUGCAGGCCGACGCGGUGCUCCUCACCACCCACACGGCGACCCGUGCAAGUGCCAACGCAAGGUUACUCCCGACCGGCAAUGUGGGUGGGCCGCCCGUCGACUUUCAGGCGCCGGCGAUCCCCGUGGAGAUGCACCAGGUCGACGUGGGGGAAGACACUAUCUCUCUCGGCUUGGAUGAUGACCCUGUGGCGAGAGAGCUGAUGGAGGAGCUUGUGGCUCUUCAGGCGCCUUCGCAGCACCCGCCCAUCGCCGUCGCUGCCCCAACACCUCGUGUGGUGUCGCAACCAGUCGCCGGCCCCUCGACAGUCCCAACACCUCACGCCGGAUCGCAUUCGAUCACCAGCCCCUCUCCAAGUGCGCCCUGCAUGGAGCACCCAGUCGCCGCUACCGCGCCACCAGACACAGUCCCCGCACGAUCCGCUCAUCCACCGACUGGAUCCAGCGCUGCGCCGACCACGGGGCAACACGUCGCCGAUCCCACACCUUCGGACCCGGUCGCGGCCAUGCUGCUGGCCGUGAUCAACGCGCGUCAAGUGGCAGCACCGUCCACGCAUCCUCUGACAACUGGCCCCACCGCUGCGCCGAUCUCGCUGCAGCCCGUCGCCGGGGCCACGCCAUCAGACUCGGUCUCGGCCAUGCCAGCAGUAGCACCAUCCGCUGCGCCGACCCCGGUGAAUUUGGGGGAGCCCGUACACCACGCAGCGGCAGAAGAGACGCCGGACGAGGACGUGGAAAUUAUACAAGCGGCGAUGGAGGCAGACGAACAUGCCACACAACGGGCUGCGUUAGCUACGUCGGGCAACGUUGAUGUGGAGGAUCGGCCGGCCGGUGUACCAGCGUCCACCCAGGCCGGCCAGACCAGGGCGUCUGACCGGUCAGGCGGCGAUUCCGUUGCUCGCCAUGCCGUUCCGUCCAUUCCGAACCUCUAUCCUGCCGGCUUCAUAGACGUCGAUCAACACUUCCAGACCGGUCAGACGGCAUCAUGUUUCGUGCACGGCCCUCCGCUGAUGAAGGUGCUGAGGUCGGCGGUGUGGUUCGGCGUUAAUUGGGACCCGACCAAGCGGAAGCAGCAGUUGACCGACAUCAUCAACCGCGUUUCGAUGUGUGCUGUGUUUGGGCCAGUCGCAGCCAGCACGGCCAGAAAGACUGGUGAGGAAGGUAAGCGGCUGGCCCAAGCUGUUGCUGCUUCAUCUUGCGCCGUGUGGUGCUUCGCCGAGACCGAGGCACAGGUCGGCGAUGCGGCGGGUGAAGCGAAGGCGACGGCAGUGCUUUGUGGAGCGAGCACCGACUUUGCAGACCUCUGUCACGACGUUGUGAUGGCGGUGAUAGAAACGGCGGUUGCGAGGCAGGCCGCGCUGGGGGAGGUUCCGUGCAACGUCACCGACGAAUUGCAGGGUACUGCUCUUCGCAAGCUCUACAAGAACCUCGAACCCAAAGACGACGCCGAGAUUAUCGCCUGGGCGACUAUCGAGACCCUCGCAUUUUGGGGUUCGUAUUACGCCGGCGGCCCUCUUCUCCGAGCACGCGGCAUCGAGGUGCCGCUGGACAAGAAGAUGGACAAAGAUUUGGAGAACAGGGGGAAGAAGGGACUGAAGGGGAAGCACGCCGUGUAG